AUGGAUGAGAGGAUCUCCUCCUUUUGUGUUGGAGCAUCGGAAUCGUUUAAAGAGCUAUAUCGGCUUGAAACUGCUUCUUUGAAUGAUUCGAAUUCCUCUCCAAUCUUUGCUAACAAGUACAAAAUUAGAGGUAUCCUUGUUGACCAAGUUGGUAGGGCCAAGGCCCUUCUCACAACAGGCGAUACUAGCGUUGUCCUUUUGUGGGCUUACUUCACAGCUAAAUUGGCAAACAACUUUAUUGAGACGGAGGAACCACGCGCAGAGGCUAGGAACCGCCUUCUUGAAGUUGUCAAUUUUUGCGAAUCUCACAUGUAUCUGGAAUCAGAAGGGAAUUUACUCAAGUUUUCUGGUCUUAUGCAAUAUGUUUACAACUCUUUGGCCGUUGCUACAGAUGUGGAAGAUGAUAACAAAACCAAGAGUCAGUCGGCUUUAUUUUGGCUUGAAAAGGCAAAGAGUGUUUAUGAAAAAUUUAAGUUGAUGUUCGGUGGACCAGAGGCACCAGAAUGUUGGGAGUCUCUUGCAGCGUCGAAUCUUCCUCCCGAACACAGUUGUCUUGUGAAGUCGGUUUAUGGCAAUAAAUCAGAGAAACGAAAAGCUUCAGAGUUGUGUCGAGAAACGCUGCAGCGGCAGCUACAGUUUGCACCGGUAGUAGAUGAACUCCUCGACCUUUAUGGCGUUGCCAAGCGGAGGGAGUUGAGGGAAGUUAAUAAGAAUGAUUCGUUUGCCGUCUCCCCUUCCGAUUGGCUUAUCAACACUCUUCAGCGCUUUGAUCCAAAGGAUUGGGCUAACAACACGGCUACACUGAGUGAAUUUUACGCGGAAAAUGGGGAAUUUAUUAAUGCUUUGGAAUGUUUAAUGACAGCAAAAUCAGUAGCUUAUGAGGGAAAUCAAAGUGUGGAUAAUGAGGACUUAGGUCAAAGCCUGAGUGGAACAAAGUUGUGGGCUGACAUUUCCUGGCGGAUGUCAGAAUAUGCUCUUAGACUGUUGGAGAGGGGAAGCAAAGCCAUACUCGGCUCCAGGUUUACCACGAAUGAAGAUGGUGUUGAUACUCCCUCAGAACUCUAUGGCAGUCUUUUUGGACAGAACACGACGAGAGCAUUACAUGAAGCCUAUGGUGAGGUCACCAAAGAUGUGGAUCUGUCGACGAUGAUAUUUGAGCUGUCACACACCCCAAAAGCCUAUCCAACUGCUGUACGGCUCUUUAAAUGGACGUGCAGAUCGCUCUCAGAGGCUCUGAUUUACUACCGGCUGGACGAACGCUGCACAGAGGCCAUUCAGUUGAUCAGAGCUCAUGCAAACGCGUACGCCUUCCUCUCAAUUUUUGAGAUGGAUAUCUCUCGAAAGUGCUGCAUGCAAAAACGAAGAGUAGACCUUUUAGAGAACUUGCUGGCUCAGUUAAACCCCCGAUUCUACAUGCUGGCAUGUCGAAACAUCAUGUACGAAGGUGCCGAAGCACUAACAGCUCUACGAGACUUGAAUGAGGAAAAGAUGAAGAGAACCGCAGCCAAGGCAUCCCCACCGUCGUCUUCAUCCACCACUGACAAUGUUGCUGAGAUAGUAAAACUAGGGAGGAAGGUGAAUGGAUUGGGCCUGAGAGCUCUGAAUAUGUAUAAGCAACUGUUAGACUCCUUUCUCACACCAGGAGACCAGAGUGAACCACACUUAUACGAGGAGGAGUGGCUUCCAAUUAUUCUGAUGGCACACUUCUACUCGGCACGACUACACUCAAAGACGAUCGUAACAGGACCCUUAGCGAAUCGAGUUGGCGAGUUGAGUCUGGCACUUAAGGCGUAUGAAAAGAUGGUGGCGAUUGCGGAUAGGCAUGCAAAAAGUGGCUACAAGGUGGACAUGCCGGAGGUAGAAAUUGCUCGCGAGAUGGCACAGCUGACGGCUGGGCAGAUUGCAAGAACACAGUUGUUGGAUGCAUGA